UAUUUUUCAUUCCUUUCUCUCAUUCUCUUCAGCAGCCCUAAGUAGCACGCUUGGAGUGGACGGCUUCAUUGCUGAAUAUCGGUGACAUCUUAAAUCUUGGAAAAAAUGAACAGCGAGUCGUUGAAACUAAGAGGUACCCUCCGUGGACACAAUGGAUGGGUUACCCAAAUUGCCACCAACCCUAAAUUCCCUGACAUGAUUUUGUCGGCAUCCCGAGACAAGACAUUGAUUGUCUGGAAGCUGACUCGCGAGGAGAACAACUUUGGAGUUCCCCAGAAACGCUUGUAUGGUCACUCUCACUUCGUUUCCGAUGUCGUUCUUUCAUCUGAUGGACACUUUGCGUUAUCCGGAUCGUGGGACAAGACCCUUCGUUUGUGGGAUCUCUCGGCUGGGAAAUCAACUCGUCGAUUCGAAGACCACACCAAGGAUGUACUCAGUGUUGCCUUCUCAGCUGACAACCGUCAAAUUGUUUCGGGUAGCAGAGACAAAACCAUCAAGCUCUGGAACACCCUUGCCCAGUGCAAGUACACCAUCCAGGAGGAAGGCCAUACUGACUGGGUUUCCUGUGUCAGGUUCUCCCCGAACAACAACAACCCAGUUAUUGUAUCCUGUGGUUGGGAUCGCAUGGUCAAAGUCUGGAAUUUGGCUAACUGCCGACUUAAGAAGAAUCACGAUGACCACACUGGUUACCUGAACACUGUCACAGUUUCCCCUGACGGUUCUCUAUGCGCGUCUGGUGGCAAGGACUGCAAAGCCAUGCUAUGGGACUUGAAUGACGACAAGAGGUUGUACACACUCGAUCACACCGAUAUUGUCAACGCUCUGUGCUUCUCCCCGAACCGUUACUGGCUCUGCGCCGCCACUGGUCCUUCAAUCAAGAUCUGGGAUCUUGAGGGUAAAACCAUGGUCGAUGAGCUCAAGAAUGAAGUCAUUUCGCAGAACACACAGAACAGUAAAGCUGAUCCUCCUCAGUGCUUGUCGAUGGCUUGGUCCGCUGACGGUCAGACCCUCUUUGCCGGAUAUUCCGACAAUGUUAUCCGAGUCUGGCAAGUGACUGUCCGUUAAGAUGGCCAUUCUCAAAUGCUUGUCUGUUGAGUGCCGUUGAAAAUAUACGAUGCUUGACACCUCA